AAAAGAUAUUUUUUUUUUUCCUUUUUUUUAUCCCCCCCCCAUUUUAAAUAACACCUUUUGAUUUCUGAAAAUAGCCUCCCAGUUGGUGCCAUUUGUCAUGUAAAGGACAAUGUGGUUCUAGGUGGCUGAAGCUAAAGCAGAACAGGCGUUGCUUAGGGAAACUAGCAUGGUUUUAGUUUCUUUUAGGGCUUGAUCUCAUCUUUGCUGCCUUUAGCACACUCUUGACCUUAUUAACUAAGAUCCUUAUUCCUCUGGAAAUCAUUGUUUUAUGGGGUAACAUCCAGGUUUGUUCUAAGGGGAAAGCAUUUUUUUUUAACUGGAUAUAUGUGAUUUAUUUUAUGGUAAGCCUUUCAAAAAGUUUCCAAUCACCUCUAUUUUCUUACAUUAUCGGUGUUCUUAUUUCUGCUCUCUAAUAACCUGCGUGUUCCAGUCCUGCCUUUUGGGAUGGAGAACUGAGAAUGACAGGACUUUAUCUGCACCAAUUAUGAGCAGUGGCUUCUCUCCUGCCCAUAACCUGGUGUCAUAAACAUUAUUUGUUAAGAAUUAAUAACAAUUGUUUUCAGCAUGAAUACCCACAUUUUCAAACAGAGGUGAUAGUGGGGUCUCAGACCUUUGAGCAGGAGGGCUGAGGAUAUCAAGUUUGUCUCAAAUUAGGUGUGGAAACCCAUGUGUUCCCCACCCUCCCCCAUGUUUCUAAUGUGACAUGAACGUUACCUGCCCUGGAAUGUCUUUAGCUAUUUCAAAGUGUUCUCUAUCUUAGGUUGGGGUUUAUGCUUUUUAUCUUCUUCUCCUAGCCUUUGUCUUCCAACUUAGCAUUUUUGUUGAUGUGAAUCAAGCCUUUUUUAUCUGUGAUCUACAUCAUUCUCCUUCAGAUUGCAGCAAGUAACCCCAAUAUUGAACAGAAUAUAACUUCUCCUUCAGGUUGCAGGAAUCCUUUCCUUUGGUCUUUCCACCAAACAACCCUGAAAGCUGAAGAGAAGGUAACUGCCACCCCGUUGCGUCAGCAGCCUGGCACUGGGCUCCGUAAGAUAGGUCUGACUGAACUGAGAUUUUCUUUGUUCUGGGGCUCUUUUUAAGGGGCCAUUUGAGUACCUUCGUUGGAAGAAGGUACUGCAACUGCAUGCCCUAACAAAAAAGGAUCUACAUCUCUGAUCGGAAAACCAUUCAGAAAGGAAAACUCAUGGAUCUCACAAGCACAGUCAUCAUCCCGCUGCUUUUUGGCAGCUUGGGGAUCUUUGGCCUUUUCCGGCUAUUGCAGUGGAUGCGGAUGCGAGCUUACCUCCAGGGAGCAGUGGUUGUGAUCACAGGGGCUACCUCUGGCCUGGGAAAAGAAUGUGCAAAAGCCUUCCAUGCAGCUGGCUCCCAGCUGGUGCUCUGUGGCAGAGACAGCGAGAAACUCAAAGACCUGGUACAGCAGCUUUCUACCAUGACCAAUCACCGAAAGAACACACACAAACCUCACACUGUGAUAUUUGACCUCUCGGAUACUAAAACUGUCCUAAAUGCUGCUGAAGAGAUCCUGAAGUACCUGGGUCACGUGGACAUACUGAUCAACAAUGCAGGCAUCAGUUUCCGAGGCACAAUUGUGGACACGGGACUGGAUGUGGAUAAGAAAGUGAUGGAAACAAAUUAUUUUGGUCCUAUAGCUCUCACCAAAGCACUUCUCCCCUCCAUGAUCAAGAGGAGACAAGGCCACAUUGUGGCUAUCAGCAGUGUGCAAGGCAAAAUAAGCAUUCCUUUCAGAUCCGCAUAUGCUGCCUCUAAGCAUGCUACCCAGGCCUUCUUUGAUUGUCUACGAGCAGAGGUAGAGCAGUAUGACAUUGACGUGACGGUUGUGAGCCCUGGAUACAUUCAGACAAACCUCUCUCUCAAUGCUGUAACAGCAGAUGGAUCUCGCUAUGGAGUUAUGGACAAGAACACCGCCGAAGGACAGACAGCCGCAGAGGUCGCUCAGGUGGUUCUCAAUGCAGUGGGACAGAAGAAGAAGGAAGUUCUUGUAGCUGGCCUGACACCCUCCCUGGCUAUCUACCUGCGAAACCUCUUCCCCAGGCUCUUCUUCACCUUAAUGGCAGCUAGAGCAAAAAAGGAGAGAAAAGCAAAGGACUCUUAGAGCGCAGCUCAUUCGAGCAGUAACUGUAGGGGGAGGCGAACCCCCUGCAGUUCAGCUGGGACGUCAGCAGAGAGGCUGCCGCAGGAAAAACCUUUCUCAAAAUGCUGCAAUUUACCAUUGCGUGGGGAGUGGGACAUGGUUUCCCCCACAUCAGGGCAGGCCCACUUGCUGGAAGACAGCACAUAACCCUCACCUCAAGAAGGGCGCUCGGACAAAGGGGGAGAGCUGAGGCUGCCGGGGAGGGUAACUCGAGGGAACGCAGCUUGCAGCAGGGGAGGCCCACGUGCUGGAAGACCUCGC